GUUGAACAUGCAGCGAACGAUCGAACGAGCUGUGCAAGUCGCAGGAAUUGGCUUGCAUUUAGGCGAGAAGGCGCGUCUGGUGCUCCGCCCUGCGCCAGUGAACACUGGCGUGGUCUUCCGCGACGACGCCACUCCGGGUCGGGCAGUGUCUGCCAUCUACUCAAAUGUGGCGGUGGACACCAUGGGAUUUUGCACACGAUUGCAUGACCGUGCUUCGGGGUAUUCAAUCGCGACGGUGGAGCAUGUCCUGGCAGCGAUCAGUGCGGCUGGUGUUACGAAUGUGCAUGUGGACGUGACUGGGCCGGAGGUGCCGAUCCUCGAUGGUAGUAGCGCCGGGUUCGUCGAUGCGUUGGUGCGCGCGGGGGUCCACGACCAAGACGCCCCUCAAUCGAUCUUGACUGUCCUCCGCCCCGUCCAGGUUCUCAAAGCAGACAAAGCGGCGUCCUUGCUGCCACGACCAAGUCAGGAACUCACGGUAUCCGUGGAAGUGGACUUCCCCGGAAAGUUACCUCGGCAGUGGACGCAUCUCAGCCUCGCCGACUUUGCGACGGUGGCGUCGGCGCGAACGUUCACAUUCCACCAAGACAUUGAUCGGUUGCAUGCGAUGGGGUUGGCAAAAGGCGGCAGUUUGGACAACGCGAUCGUGUUUAACGACCACGGCACGCCGCUGAAUCCCGACGGCUUACGGUUUCCAGAUGAAUGGAGUCGACACAAGGCGCUGGACGUGGUGGGCGACUUGGCCCUGGCGGGGAUGCCCAUCCACGGCCAUUACGUCGGCAUUCGACCUGGUCAUGCUCUGACCCAUGAACUCCUCCACGCGUUGUUUCAAGACCCUCGAAAUUACAACAUCUCGACCCCCAAACGCGACUUGCCGUGAAAAUCAACAGAUUUUUCAUGUUACACGCUCCUUCACUACCUGUAGAUCCAUCCUCCUGGAGCCGCUGUUGUACUCUUGUCUGGCGCUCCUGACUUGAAUCUAGUACAUGUCGACGUAUUGUCUAAACCAAAUAUACUGUAUAGGACACCCGUCUGGUAACCUGAAAAAUUACAAUAUUCCGGCUCAAAUUGGGGGCUAAAUUAAUAAAUAUGAUAAAU